AUUUCAGAAUGUGGAUUUAUCAAUGAUGAAAUAUUUGUUGAGCUGGUCAAUGCACUUGGUCAAUAUAGUGAUGAUGAAGAUGAUGAUGAUGGAGAUGACAAUCCUGAUGAAAGAGAUGACAAGCAAAAAGAUCGGGAAGGUAACAGGAUGGAGAAAGAAAGCCACCCACCUCGGAGAUUUCCUUCUGACAAGAUAUUUGAAGCCAUUUCCUCAAUGUUUCCAGACAAGGGUACAGCAGAAGAAUUAAAAGAGAAAUACAAAGAACUCACUGAGCAGCAGCUUCCUGGAGCUCUUCCUCCUGAAUGCACACCAAACAUAGAUGGACCAAAUGCUAAAUCUGUUCAGAGGGAGCAAAGCCUGCACUCUUUUCAUACACUCUUUUGUAGGCGCUGUUUUAAAUAUGAUUGCUUCUUGCAUCCAUUCCACGCAACUCCUAAUACUUAUAAGCGAAAGAAUACAGAAACAGCAUUAGAUAAUAAGCCUUGUGGACCGCACUGUUAUCAACAUCUGGAAGGUGCAAAGGAGUUUGCAGCUGCCUUGACUGCUGAGCGUAUAAAGACACCGCCAAAACGCCCAGGUGGCCGCCGGAGGGGAAGACUUCCAAACAACACCAGCAGGCCCAGCACACCGACAAUAAAUGUGUUGGAAUCAAAGGACACAGAUAGCGAUAGAGAAGCUGGAACUGAAACUGGAGGAGAAAACAACGAUAAAGAAGAAGAAGAAAAGAAAGAUGAAACAUCCAGUUCUUCCGAAGCGAAUUCUAGGUGUCAAACACCGAUAAAGAUGAAGCCAAAUAUUGAGCCUCCGGAGAAUGUGGAAUGGAGUGGUGCAGAAGCCUCAAUGUUUAGAGUUCUUAUUGGUACCUACUAUGACAAUUUUUGUGCAAUUGCCAGACUGAUUGGGACCAAGACGUGCAGGCAGGUGUAUGAGUUUAGAGUAAAGGAAUCUAGUAUUAUUGCUCCAGUCCCUGCUGAAGAUGUUGAUACUCCUCCCAGAAAGAAGAAAAGGAAACACAGGUUGUGGGCUGCUCAUUGCAGAAAGAUACAGCUGAAAAAGGAUGGGUCAUCGAAUCAUGUUUACAACUAUCAGCCGUGCGAUCAUCCACGUCAGCCUUGUGACAGCUCAUGUCCAUGUGUAAUUGCUCAAAACUUCUGUGAGAAGUUUUGUCAGUGCAGCUCAGAAUGCCAAAACCGCUUUCCCGGAUGCCGCUGUAAAGCACAAUGCAACACUAAGCAGUGUCCGUGUUACCUAGCUGUACGCGAAUGCGAUCCCGACCUCUGUUUAACGUGCGGAGCAGCCGACCACUGGGACAGCAAAAAUGUUUCUUGCAAGAACUGCAGCAUCCAGAGAGGAUCCAAAAAGCACUUGCUAUUGGCACCUUCAGAUGUGGCAGGCUGGGGAAUUUUCAUCAAAGAUCCUGUACAGAAGAAUGAAUUCAUCUCUGAAUACUGUGGCGAGAUUAUUUCUCAGGAUGAGGCAGACAGAAGAGGAAAAGUAUACGACAAAUACAUGUGCAGCUUUCUUUUUAACUUGAAUAACGAUUUUGUGGUUGAUGCAACACGCAAGGGCAACAAAAUUAGAUUUGCAAACCAUUCAGUAAAUCCCAACUGCUAUGCAAAAGUUAUGAUGGUUAAUGGUGAUCACAGAAUAGGAAUAUUUGCUAAAAGAGCCAUUCAGACUGGUGAAGAGCUGUUCUUUGACUACAGAUAUAGCCAAGCUGAUGCCCUUAAGUAUGUGGGCAUUGAAAGAGAAAUGGAAAUACCUUGACACCAGCUACCUCCUCUUUUAAACAAACAGCUGCCUUAUCUUCAGGAAUUUCUAGUACUGUGGGCAAUUUUAGAAUAAUAAAAAUGCAAUUUGAAAUUCUGUAUUUGCAAAGUACUGUAACAGUAAUUUAUAGUAACACAUUUAAAAAAACCAACUUUUUAUUGCCUUCUCACCAGCUGCAAAGUGUUUUGUACCUAUGAACUUUUGCAAUAAUGCGGUGUGGUACAUUUUUCAACCUUGAAUAAAGGAUACUUGAACUUCUUCAUUUUAACUGGAA